GGCCUCGGAGGGAUGUUGACGUGCGUUCAGCUCUCGUGCAUUUUAAGUGAAUUUUGUGUUCGUAUUUAGAUUUUUUACCUUAAUGCACCCUAAGGUAGUGGAUUAGGGAUACGUCUACCCAUUGGUGCUCCGAGUGGGUAAGGUUAAAGAGCAGAUCCUAUUCAAUAAGUGUGUGAAAUACCAUAUGCCAAGCCCCCUGCGUAAGGCGAGUGUUGUGACGCAAAAUAUUGAAGAAAAACUAUUUUGAAUCCGAACGUUUUGUGGAUUAACUAUUUUUUUAGGGAUUUUGUGACGGUGAAUUGUGAAAAAAAGAGUGUCGGAGAAACCAUGGAAGACUCGAGCGAGGUGCUUGUGUGUGCUGCCGAAUAUAUUAAAGAUCGGCUCUACUUUGUGACCCUCAGGACCACGGGCCGCCCUCGCUCCACCGCCAACACCCACUACUUCUCCAUUGACGAUGAGCUGGUCUAUGAGAGCUUCUACGCCGACUUCGGCCCUCUCAACCUGGCCAUGCUGUACCGCUACUGCCAGAAGCUCAACAAGAAGCUAAAGUCCCUGUCCCUGGCCAAGAAGAAGAUUGUGCACUACACGACGCUGGACCCGCAGAAGAGAGCCAACGCCGCCUUCCUCAUCGCCGCCUAUGCCAUAAUUUAUCUAAAAAAGACCCCCGAGGAAGCAUACAAGCCGCUGGUGGGCGGAAACAGCCCGCAGUUCUGUCCCUUCCGAGAUGCCGCGUAUGGGAUGUCGACGUACCAUCUCACGCUGCUCGACUGUCUGCAUGCGAUCGACAAGGCCUUCAAAUUGGGCUUCUUCAACUUCGAUGACUUCGAUGUCGACGAGUAUGAGUAUUACGAAAAAGUGCAAAAUGGGGACUUCAAUUGGAUCAUGCCAGGUAAAUACCUCGCUUUCUGCGGACCGCAUGCCGAGAGCAAGAUCAAGAAUGGAUACACACUCCAUUCCCCCGAGACUUACUUCAGCUAUUUCCGCAAGCAUAAUGUGACAACCAUAGUGAGACUCAACAAAAAGAUUUACGACGCCUCAAGGUUCAAGAAUGCAGGCUUUGAACAUUAUGAUAUGUACUUUAUUGAUGGAUCGUGUCCUUCAGAUGAAAUCAUGAGGGAAUUCUUGCGCGUCAGUGAAAAUACUGAUGGAGCUCUUGCUGUUCACUGUAAAGCUGGCUUAGGGCGUACAGGAUCCCUCAUUGGUUGCUACAUGAUGAAGCACUUCAGAUUCACAGCAGCAGAGUCUAUUGCCUGGUUACGUAUCUGCAGGCCAGGCUCCAUUAUUGGGGGGCAGCAGCAAUGGCUCACUUCGAAACAGUCUUCACUGUGGCUAGAAGGAGACAUCUUCAGAGCACGCAACAAAAAUCAAAACUUGAACAAGAAAUUCGACUUUGGAAUCUAUAGCAUUGCUUGGAGGGACCACUUGGCCAACAUGCGGAAUAAUCAGAACAAAAACAACUGCAAGAAUGACAAUAAAAAGAAACUGGUCAAUGGAAACACAUCAGAAGAUGAUGUGGAUCGAGAGGAAAAUGUCCAAGUAGUGCUAAGUGGCGUUGACUUGUUGAAGUUAGACGAUCAAACUUCGCAAACAGAUAAUCAUGACAAGUACAUCGAGGAUGUUGCAAAUAGUAAUGCAGACAGUAAAGAUUCCGAGACUCGACUUAUAAAUGGGCUUUCACAAGGUGAUCGCCUAAACCAGCUGAAAGCUUCACGAACCCAUGCCCGUUCUGCCACAACUGGACGAGUACACCUUGAGGACAAAGCUCACGUGCGUACCAAGUCCACGCCCCUGGGGAGUGGAGGCAGUGGUAGUGGUGGUGGUGGGCGAGAGGCUGUGCUGUCUCCACUGAAAGCUGGCAAGGUCUCCACCAUCACCACAGCCUACAGAGACACUGCUCGUAGGCCUAUGCGAUCCACUACCACAGCCACAAGCAAGAGACAUGCAUGGCUAUUGGGAUCGGUGUAUCGGGGAUCUGCUCAUCGUGGGAACAAGGCUCUGGGGAUGUCACGAUCCCCGGGUCCUCCUUCUGUCUCACAGCCCCUAACACGGGCCCUGAUUUCAUCUUCCAUGGCUCCACCAGAGACCCCACAUGGUCCUGGUGGGGGCUCUGCAUCUCAGACUUCAGCAAGAAAGAUGCACCUUAGCAGUUCCAGCGGGUCGUCCUCUAGUCUUUCCAAAUCCUCCUUUCAUGUUACUCUGUCUUCUCAGUCUAAAGUCCCCUGUCUGUCCUCUCUUUCGUCCUAUUCUUCCUCCUCGUCCAACGACAAUCCAAUAGCCAGAACUAAUGAGGUGAACAAUGUUGUGGCUGGAGUGUCAUCUUCGGGUGCUGUGGACAAUGGAAACAUUGGGGAAAGUCAACAGUUUAAUAAUAACAACUCUGAACAAGAGGGAGAUAGUGGAGGCUGCAGCUUGAGAGAGGAUGAGAGAAGUCGGACAUCCAAUUUGGGAAACCGCUCACACCUUUCACCUGUCAUUCACAGCAAACUCCCAGUCUAUCGCGUAGUAAAGGGGAUAACAAAUAGUAAUCAACUUUUUCACUACCGUUUCUCUCCUGUGUACAACUGAUAAUAAAGGUUUGGCGAAGGAUAGCUUGCUGGAUGAAAAUAAAGCCGAACCUCAAAUACACUUGCCAGCAGGUCCACGAAAGCUGCCCUUGUCAGAUGACUACCAAUACUGCCCACCUCGAAAAGCAAGAACAGUAAGAAAAGCCCAGAGAACAUCUCAUCCCCAUCAUCAGCAUCCUCAA